AUGAGGCCGAAAGCUACAAUCGUGUUGGUGGUUUGUGUGCUUGGAUGUGUGGCGCUCUGCACCGGUGAAUUUGGAAAUGAUACGACCACGUCGACUACACCAACGCCCAACAUAAUGGAAACAAUAAGGGCGUACAUGGACAUGGCGAUGCAGUCUCCGGAACUGACGGGUUUAUCUAGGAAGAUAUUGGGGGCGGACAUUUCUACCAGCUGCACCAUAGGUCUUCUGAAAUUUAUGCGUGGGAUCAGAGCUCUGGAGCCCUGGGCAGUCAGAUUAAUCGACGCCAGUGGCAAGUAUCCUACCGGGCUGUUCCAGGGAACGUGGGCGGAUAUUGGCGCCUACGACGAGUGCCUCGAAACCAUCGUGAAAGAUGAAUUCGGCAACGAAAAAAUCAGAGGCCAGUACUGCAACGUCUACAUAAGGAUGAUCAACGAUACCUCCUUCAUUGAUGCCAUGCUGCCGGCUUUUCUCAUGUCCCACGAACGGACUCCCGUGAUCCUGGAUAUUCAGAAGGACGAAAGGGUUCCGGGAAUUCGGCUGGGAAUCUGCGGCAUUUCGGAUUGCGACAGAAACGAUAUGCAAGCUCUGGUAAACUCGUUGAUCACAGGUCCCACUAAAAUAACCGUGAAGAACUGCGUCACAAGCUUACCUGUUCCGUGGACGAAUGCGCAGCUGGGUAUAGUGAUUUCCCUUGGAGUGAUAAUUCUGAUAUCAGUCAUGAGCUCUAUCGUUGACGUCCGGCUUACACGAAGUGAAAAACUGCAAACCAAGCCAGCACGAAGAAGCAGACUGAUGAAGUACAUCACAGCGUUCUCAAUUCCUGCAAACACUCGCGUACUUCUUGCGGUCAGCAAAGACAAGACGGCCGAAUCUUACAACUACCGUUUUCUCCACGGGCUGCGCUUCUUCAGCCUUUUGUGGAUCGUUCUUGGUCACACAUCCAUCGCCUUUGACCCCAUCGUGUCGCGGUUUGUCAACGUCCUUGAAAUGGCGGGUAACUGGUCUUUCUGCGUGUUUUCGGCAGCGUUUCUGAGCGUUGAUACAUUUUUCUUCUUGAGUGGGUUCCUGCUAUCCUACAAUGUCGUCAAACAAAAUGCCAACAGGUUUCUGAUUGCUGUGGUAGCUAUCACACGCCGAGAAAUCAGGGUCACGGUGCCAGUUGCGUUUUGCAUAGCAUGCUUCUACCUCACACCUCUCGUAACAUCGGGUCCGAAUGCCAAGGUUCUGUUCGAUAAGUUCUACAAUGAAGUGGAAACGCACUGGUGGCAGCUUUUACUCCAGGUCCGAAACUUCGCGAAGGCAUCCGACCUGGAAUGCUUUCCUCACCUGUGGUACCUCUCAACAGACUUCCAAUUAUUCCUAGUUGGCCUCUGCAUUCUCCUGAUAUUUAGAAAGUGA